UGUGUACUCCAUUCCAAUUGAAAAUGAAACCCUAAAUUGAAGCUCCGUUUGUUCCUCUCCAUCAUCGCUCAAAUGUCAUUCUUAAGGUUCACCUUUCGAUCUUCUUCUUCUUCUUCCAUUUCUUACUUAAGGCGAUUUUACUCUCACUCUCCAUUUCAUGUUAAUAAUGAUGUUGAUAAUGCUGUUUCUUCAUUCCAUAGCAUGCUUCGUAUGAAUCCAACCCCAUCCAUCGUACAAUUUAACAAGAUUUUAACUUAUCUUGUUAAGACGAAUCAUUACCCCACUGCUAUUUCACUUUCUAACCAAUUGGAAUUUAAUGGAAUUAUGCCUAAUGUUGUUACUUUCAAUAUAUUGAUCAAUUGUUACUGCCACCUUCGUCAAAUAUCUUUUGCCUUUUCUAUAUUAGCUAAGAUUCUCAAGUUGGGUUAUCAGCCCAAUGUCAUAACCUUAAAUACUCUUAUCAAAGGUCUGUGUUUCAACGAUAAGGUGAAAGAAGCUCUGCAUUUUCACGACCAUGUGCUUGCACAUGGAUUUCACCUCGAUCAAGUUAGCUACGGGACCUUGAUCAAUGGACUCUGUAAAAUUGGGGAAACAAGAGCCGCCUUGCAAGUUCUAAGACAAAUUGAAGGGAAAUUGGUCAAGCCUAAUGUGGUAAUAUACACCACAAUUAUUGACAGCCUGUGUAAAGAUAAGCUUAUAAGAGAUGCUUACGAUUUAUAUUCUGAAAUGAUUGCAAAGAAUAUUUCUCCUAAUGUUUUCACUUACACUUCUCUAAUAUAUGGAUUUUGCAUUGUUGGUCAAUUGAAAGAAGCAUUUGGACUUUUAAAUGAAAUGUUUGUAUUCAGAAAACUCAAUGGAGAUGUUUAUAUCUUUAAUAUAUUGCUCGAUGCUUUAUGCAAGGAAGGAAAUGUCAAAGAAGCUAAAAAUGUGUUAGCUGUUAUGGUGAAACAAGGUAUCAAACCAGAUGUUGUUACUUAUACUUCAUUACUAGAUGGGUAUUGCCUAAUCAAUGAAGUGAAUAAGGCCAAAGUUAUAUUCAACAGUAUGGCCCAAAGAGGAGUGAUGCCCGAUGUUAAUGGCUAUAAUGUCGUGAUUAAUGGGCUGUGUAAAAUUAAAAUGAUGGAUGAAGCCAUGAAUCUCUUCAAAGAAAUGCAAAACAAGAAGAUUAUUCCUGAUACAGUAACUUACAGUUCUCUUAUUGAUGGUUUGUGCAAAUCAGGGAGAAUCUCUCAUGCUUGGGAGCUUCUUGUUGAGAUGCAAGAUAGGGGUCAACCUGCCAAUGUAAUCACUUACAAUUCUUUAUUACAUGCUUUAUGUAAAAACCAUCAUGUUGAUAAGGCAAUUGCAUUGGUCAAGAAAAUUAAAGACAAAGGCAUUCAACCAGAUAUGCACACAUACAAUAUACUCAUGGAUGGACUUUGCAAGGAAGGGAGAUUUCUGGACGCACAAGUGAUUUUUCAUGAUCUUUUGAUUAAAGGCUAUAAUGUAACAGUCUGGACAUAUAAUAUUAUGAUCAAUGGUCUUUGUAAAGAGGGUUUGUUUGAUGAUGCUGAGUCCCUACUGUUAAAAAUGGAAGACAAUGGCUGUGUUCCUAAUACUAUAACUUAUGAAAUAAUUAUCUGUGUUCUCUUUGAAAAUGAUGAGAAUGAUAAGGCCUUGAAACUUUUACAUGAAAUGAUUGCCAGUGGUCUAAUGUAAGAGGAGAACCAGUUUGAGUAAAAGUUUCAAUUGGUUCUAAUGCAGGAAUGGAUAUACACGAGCUCAGUAUUUUGAGGAUAUGAUACUUCUCAGUCCUCACUCAGCUUAAGGAUUCAAAUUGUAGCAUCAGCCAAGUCUUUUUUUAAUCAACUUGUUGUUUUUCCUGUUCUACUAUUGUUUCAAUUAGUCCAAUUUCCGUUGUAAAUUUAUGCUUGUUGAACAUCUGCUGUUCUUUCAAUUUUCCCCAUAUUUUGCUUGUUUAUUCUUCAUUGAAACGACCAAGCUGUGCAAAUCAUAUUCCAUCGUCUCCCAGUCAAAUGUACUAGUUAUCUCACGAGUCAUCAAUGCUAAACAUGUAAGUACUUGCUUUCAUAUAUUGAUUUGACACUUUAUGUAUUUGUAUCUUUCUCUUUUGGAUGAGCUCUUCCUUUUCUUUUACGUUUUGGGGGAUUUAUAUCAUUACUUUUUUGCCACUUCAGAACAUAAAUAAUAAUUUUGGAAGCUUCGGGGUAUAAAAAGAAUAAACACUAGGUUAACCUUUCGGCUAGCUUUACGUCUUUCAACUAUUUAAUGUAUGUAAAAUAUGUUUUACAAUUAUUUCAAUGUAACACAUUGGAUUCUAUUGUGUUGCAUUCUGUCGUGUUCACAUGAUUGUUGAUGUUUCUACAGCUGCACGGAUUAUUUCUCGUGAAUUCUGUUAUAUUCAGUAACUAAUUGUUUUUCAAUUACAUUAGUUGCUAGUUACUUUAGUGAUGUAACUAAUAACACAACACUAGUUCUCUGUAUCUAAACCUCAGAACAUUAAAUUUAUAAAUUGCAAUUCAAAUUAUACUUGCUUCUCUCAUUUCUAUCUACUCAAUUAAUUUGGCCAUCUCCUUACCGCCACACUCUGAACCAUCACCUUCUGGUGGACAUCAGUACUUAAUCCACCAGCAUGAUCCUAAUGCUGGCUGUGUAGUUAGACCCGCUUCUUCUCUUAGACGGAAACACAUAAGCCGGGUGGCAAAUACGGUUGGCAUGAUGAUAUGUUGAUUGGUGCACAUUUGUCUUUUAAUAGACUUGGUUUAUGUUCGAAAUCACAACAGGAGACUUACGACCGCAUGACAAUUAUGUAAUUAAUAUGAUUUAUUUAUUUUGUUGGUAGUUAUAUUUACAAAAGAAAAGGUGGACUACUCAAUGGCCUCACUAUAACUUUGAUAUUAAUCACAAUACAUGUGUUGCUGUUAUGAUUAUUUCGAUAUUAUAAUGACAUUAAUGGUUGAUUCUUUUUGGCACAGUAAUCCUUUAUCAUUGCAAUGUACUGUCAACCAGUUUCAUGGUUGUUAUCAGAAUGUAUCCAGCUCGAGUAUCAUAAGCAGUGGUGGUGAAGUUAAAGCGUGUUGGUCUGUUGUUAAGCUUCAGAGGUAUCGGUGUGAGUAGGUAGUUUUCUCGUCAUAGUGGCAGACUAUCUAUGCAGGAAAAACGAGAUUACAAAGGUGUUUUCUCAUAGAGGAAAGUUUUGAGUGUUGGUGCUGAAUUUCAUCGAGUGGCAGUAGCAGCAAGGGUAAGUAGAGGCUUUUCGAAGGCAAGAUGUGAAGGUAUUGUGGGAGACAACUUGGAUAGUGGGUUUUGAAACUUAGUAAUUCCACAAGUGUUGGUACAUUGAUAGAUUGGUUGAUGAAUUUUUAGUUUUGAAUUUUGCAAGAGUGCAUUUGGCUCCAGCCUGUUAUGCUGAGAUAGAUUGUUCUCUGUAUUGCAUUUGUAUUACAUCGAUGUCAUUUAAGAUUUACAGUCUUGUCGUUAUAUUAUAGUUAGGAUUUAAUGGAUGUGUGUUGACAGUGUAAUGUGUAAAGAUUUUUCACACUCUUAAUCUAAGCUCGUUACUUUUCUUUAUAAA